ACGACCGACACGCACGUUACGAUGUGGCCACUUUGUUCUUGCUGCCGAUGCUUGCGAGCUCAUGAUGCACCGGUGAGAUCAGAGCGCGAAUGAUGGCUUGUUGUGGCAAAGCAGAACAGGAAGCGUCGGGUCACGCAUCGUGAAGUGUUGUUGGAUGGAAGCUUCGGGUGUGUCGUCUUCUAUUUCGUGGCUGCUGCUCUUCUGAAGUAGAUCUAUCCGAGUCCAAAACGUUGCGGCGAUCUUUGGCAGAAGCGCAGAGCAGCCGCAAUGGAUUCUGUUUGCAGUAGCUUUUGAUCGCAUCGUAGUUUGCGCUGCUGUGCAUCUUCCGGGGAGGGUAGCAGAAUGCCGUCGAGGACAGGAUAUGGAGCUGCGAAGCAGGUGGUGGUGGAGGAGAAGGGUGCCGAAUGGGAGGUGACUCCCGGCGGAAUGGUGGUACAGAAGCGCGAUCCCGAGUCCGGGCCACCCGCUGCCGUCGUCCCGACCAUCCGUGUCAAGGUCAAGCAUGGCUCCGUCUACCACGAGAUCUACAUCGGCUCUCAGGCCACCUUCGGGGAGCUGAAGAAGAUGCUGUCGGCGCGUAUCGGGAUGCAUCCGCUCGACCAGAAGCUGAUCUACAAGGACAAGGAGCGGGACUCCGCCGCAUUCCUCGACACCGCCGGCGUGAAGGACCGGUCGAAGGUAGUGCUGGUGGAGGACCCGACGGCGAAGGCGAAGCGGCUGCUGGAGACGCGCAAGACCGACAAGAUGGAGAAGGCAGCCAAGUCCAUCUCCGCCAUCAGCAUGGAGGUCGACAAGCUGGCGUCCAAGGUGUCGGCGUUGGAGGCGAUCGUGAACAAAGGCGGGAGAGUGGUGGACCAGGACGUGGUUCGGCUGAUCGAGUUGUUGAUGAACGAGCUGCUCAAGUUGGACGGCGUCGUCGCCGACGGGGACGUGAAGCAACAGAGGAGAUUACAGGUUAGGAGGGUCCAGAAGUAUGUGGAAACGCUCGAUCUGAUCAAGAUCAAGAAUGCAACGCCGAGAGCCAAUGGGCAUGUCCAUCAUCCUCAACAGCAGCAGCAGCAGCAGUCUCAGCAACACCAGCAGAGGCAGCAGCCACCGCAAUCGGUGGUGGUGACCACCGCGAACUGGGACACAUUUGAUUCCUUGUUCAUGCCAUCCACCUCCACGCCGGCCACCACCGCCACCUCCACCGCGUCAUCCACCCCCACCACAAGGUUCGACUGGGAGCUGUUCUGAUGUCUCCGCCACGAGCAACUCAGCAGAAUCAACAGCAGUACGUCCUCGCUCGCUUGCUCUCCGUCGCUACUAUUCUUUUGUGUGCAUACCUCCAACUACAUAAGAAUAAAUGGAUUCAUGUCAAUAUGUUGUAUCAACCAUUUCAAGAUACAUACUCUUUUUAUGUCAGAGAAUUUUUGUUCACGGUA